CAGCAUCAUUCAUGAGGUAAUCUGGCACUUGAAACAUAAUCAAUGAAAUGUCAAAAAUGGAUGAAAAAGAAGGAACAGCUGAUGAUGCAAAAAAACGUGUGUUUGAAUUGAAAAGAAAAGCCCUGCCCACCAUUAUCAAUACCAAGAGCAGGGUUUUCGCUAAAAGGUCUGCGGUUGAAGAUGCAUACAAAAAGAAAGAACCUUCACAUUUUCGUGCUAAUAUAUUUAAGGCAAUGUGGGGUCAUGAUGCAUUGGCUAAAAGAUGCGUUGUGAGAUCAGCAAAAACCGGUACUCUGAAGGAACUGACCCCGGAUAAAAAGCUCCCGGUUGAGAAGCAUUUUGAACAUUAUUUAAAUUUUUAUAACGAUAAUCCAUCUGUAAUAAGCUACCAUAUGGGUAAAAUUAAUGAUUAUGCAAACAGAGCAAUAAGCGGUUCCAGAAAAAAAUUGAAAGCUAUGAAAGAAUACCCAGAAAUAGAUGUGGAGGUUAUUGAACAAAUUGAUGACCUGAUACAAUUAUAA